CGGUCCCCACCCCCCCGCUGGCUCUUUCUGCCCUGCCAAGGUGCUGCUGCUCUUGCUGAAGAGGCGGAGGCUGCUCUCUCUCUCCCCCUCUGGAUGGGAGGAUAAGCUGUAACCAUGUUCAGCUUCGAAGGGGAGUUCAAAACCAGGCCCAAGGUGUCUCUUGGAGGAGCCAGUAAGAAGGAGGAAAAAGCAUCUCUUUUGCAUCGCACACAGGAAGAGAGGCGGAAACGAGAGGAAGAAAGGAGAAGGCUGAAAAAUGCAAUAAUCAUCCAGUCCUUUGUUCGUGGGUACAGGGACAGAAAACACCAAUAUUCCAUUCAGAGGAGCGAAUUUGAUUACUGUGCUAAUCUAGCGCAAUCUGGAGGAACUUUCUCCACUGCCAAUGGAGCAAAUCUGACUCUUUUAGUUCGCCAACUUCUGUUUUUCUAUAGGCAUAAUGAGGAUUCUAAACGUUUGAUAUGGAUAUGUCAGAACUUGAUUAAGCAGAAUUCUCAGUUUGUGAAGCAGCUUGAUGGCCCUGAGAAACUUACAUGCCUGUUCCAGAUAAAAAGGCUGUUGGGCUUAUGUUGCAGAUUGCUGCAAAACUGCAAUGAUGACAGUCUGAAUGUUGCACUUCCUAUGAGGAUGCUUGAAGUAUUUUCAUCUGAGAAUACCUAUUUGCCUGUUUUACAAGAUGCUAACUAUGUAGCAUCAAUAAUUGAACAAAUCUUGCACUACGUGAUUCAAAAAGGAUACUACAGGUCUCUUUAUCUGCUAAUAAAUAACAAGCUUCCAUCAAGUAUUGAGUAUUCUGAUGUGUCUCGAGUUCCUAUUGCAAAAAUAUUGUUAGAGAAUGUUCUGAAACCAUUGCACUUUAAUUAUAGCUCCUGUCCAGAAAAUGCCAGGCAACAGAAUUUUGCUGCUUUUACAGAAGAAUUCCUGGCAGCACCUUUUACAGACCAGAUAUUUCAUUUCAUCAUUCCAGCGCUUGCAGAUGUGAAGACCUGUUUUCCUUAUGAACUCUUUUUGAAUGCACUAUUGUUAACAGAAAGCAGGCGUUUGAGGAAAAGUGAGAGAGCUCCUUGGCUUUUCUACGUUGUUCUAACUGUUGGUGAAACAUAUUUAGGAUCUCUUUCAGAAGAAGGGCUGCUUGUGUACCUGCGAGUACUUCAAACAUUUCUUUCUCAGUUACCAGUGUCUGCAUCAGGUGCAGACUGCCAAGAUUCAACCAGUGACUCUGAAGAUGAAGAUGAAGGAAUUAGCAAGAUGACUUCCAUGCCUGGAGAUGGAAGAAUAUCAGUCCAAUAUAUAACUGAAGAGUGUCUUUCAAAACUGGAUACAAAGCAGCAGACAAACACUCUGCUAAACAUGGUUUGGAGAGAUUCAGCUAGUGAAGAAGUUUUUACUCUGAUGGCUUCCAUCUGCCACACAUUGAUGGUGCAGCACCGAAUGAUGGUGCCAAAAGUCAGACUUCUGUACAGCUUGGCUUUUAAUGCCAGGUUCCUCAGGCAUCUUUGGUAUUUAAUCUCCUCAAUGACUACACGAAUGAUUACUGGGUCUAUGGUGCCACUCCUUCAGGUGAUAUCACGUGGCUCACCGAUGUCUUUAGAAGAUUCUAGUCGGAUCAUCCCUCUCUUUUAUCUUUUUAGUUCCUUGUUUAGUCACUCGCUUAUUUCUAUACAUGAUAAUGAAUUCUUUGGUGAUCCUAUAGAAGUUGUAGGUCCAAGGCAGUCAUCGAUGAUGCCUUUUACGUUAGAAGAACUGGUACUAUUAUCACGCUGCCUUCGUGAUGCCUGCUUAGGAAUCAUUAAAUUGGCAUAUCCUGAAACCAAACCAGAAGUUCGUGAAGAAUACAUUGCAGCAUUUAGAAGUGUUGGAGUCACCACAAAUACAGAAAUGCAACAGUGCAUCCAAACAGAACAGAAACGGUGGAUUCAACUCUUUAAGGUAAUCACUAACUUGGUGAAAAUGUUGAAAUCUAGAGAUACAAGAAGGAAUUUCUGUCCACCAAACCACUGGCUUUCAGAACAGGAAAACAUUAGAGCAGAUAAGGUUACACAGCUUUAUGUGCCAUCAGCCAGGCAUGUAUGGAGAGUGAGAAGAAUGGGAAGAAUAGGACCACUGCAGUCUACUCUAGAUGUGGGGUUGGAUCCAGCACCUCUUUCCGUGUCUGAGGAACGACAACUUGCAAUAUUGACUGAGCUACCUUUUGUGGUUCCUUUUGAAGAAAGAGUAAAGAUAUUUCAAAGGCUGAUCUAUGCUGACAAACAAGAGGUUCAAGGAGAAGGCCCAUUUCUGGAUGGAAUUAAUGUCACUAUCAGGAGGAAUUAUAUUUAUGAAGAUGCAUACGACAAACUUUCCCCUGAAAAUGAACCAGAUUUGAAAAAACGAAUUCGUGUCCAUUUACUUAAUGCCCAUGGUCUAGAUGAAGCCGGUAUUGAUGGGGGUGGAAUAUUCAGAGAAUUUCUGAAUGAACUGCUUAAAUCAGGAUUUAAUCCUAACCAAGGUUUUUUUAAGACCACCAAUGAAGGACUGCUUUACCCUAACCCUGCUGCACACAUGCUCAUUGGAGAGUCAUAUGCAAGGCACUACUAUUUCCUUGGGAGGAUGCUUGGAAAGGCUUUAUAUGAAAAUAUGCUUGUCGAGCUUCCAUUCGCCAGUUUUUUCCUUUCAAAGUUGUUGGGAACAAGUGCAGAUGUGGACAUUCAUCACUUGGCUUCACUAGAUCCCGAAAUGUACAAAAACCUACUUUUUCUCAAGAGCUAUGAAGGGGAUGUGGAAGAACUUGGGCUGAAUUUUACUGUGGUGAAUAAUGAAUUGGGGGAAGCACAGGUGGUUGAACUGAAGCCUGGUGGAAAGGAUAUUCCUGUCACUAGCGCCAAUCGAAUUGCAUACAUCCAUCUUGUGGCAGACUACAGGUUAAACAAACAGAUCAGGCAGCAUUGCCUUGCAUUUAGACAGGGUCUUGCCAAUGUUGUUAAUCUUGAGUGGCUUAGAAUGUUUGAUCAGCAAGAAAUUCAGGUUUUGAUAUCUGGUGCACAGGUUCCUAUUAGUCUAGACGACCUUAAAACUUUCACAAACUAUUCAGGUGGUUAUUCUGCAGAUCAUCCAGUAAUCAAAAUCUUUUGGAGAGUUGUAGAAAGUUUCACCGAUGACGAAAAACGUAAAUUGCUCAAGUUUGUGACAAGCUGUUCACGGCCUCCACUCUUGGGAUUUAAGGAAUUGUAUCCUGCUUUUUGCAUACACAAUGGAGGCUCUGACUUAGAGCGACUACCCACUGCCAGUACCUGCAUGAAUUUAUUGAAGCUUCCAGAGUUUUACGAUGAGAACCUUAUGCGAAGUAAGCUCCUUUAUGCCAUUGAAUGCGCUGCUGGAUUUGAGCUGAGCUGAGCUACUAUAAUGCUCUGUUGAGGAACUAAUCAGUGCCUACUCCAUACGCACCACCCACACCAAGCAGAUUAAGAGAAUCCUACCUAGGUUUCUGCAACUCAUCUUUCCUGUCAAAUACUCUCAAGUAGGUUUCAGUUUCAGUGCCAGAUGUUAUUUCUCUGUCAUUCAUUAAGCAUUUAACUGUAUCAACGGUAUCUUACUCUGAUUUCAAAAUAAUGAAGCUGUGUGCAGUUUGGUAGGCUUUCCAAGAAAGAGCAUAUUUGGGGGCACAGUAACAUCAUUUUGAAAAUAACCAAAGAUGAAGCUUUGGCUUUGCGCUGUUCAAAUACAGAAUAAUUCCAUAAGCUGGCAAUAAAGCAACAUACAAAGCAGCCCACGAGGAAUAAACAGGGUGAUGACUUUGGAGAGUGAAGCAGGCAUUUUGCAAGUGGCUUGGAACUGAGAGGCUAAAAGCAGUUCCACUUUUUUUUUCUUCAAGCGGCAGAAAUUGUUUACAACCCUUUCUGCAACUGCAGUUUGUUGCAAGUGGGGGGG